AUGGGUAAACAAAUCCAGUCAGGUUCAUUUCAAGAGCAUGUACAUCACCUGGUUGCUUGUGAGUGUCGUAGAGUAAACUGUCUUGCUGUGCGCUCUGACCUCUGCGACGACGUCGUUCAGAUAUCCCUGGCACUGCAUCACAUUCAUUGUGAUGAUCGCAUGGGUCUCAAGGAAAAAGGGAUAAGUUUAGCCGAAAAGCAGAACGACAGUGAUAGUGAAGCCUACGUCGAUGAUGAUGUCGAAUAUGCCCGUGUACGUUUGCUUCUGUGA